AUGCGGCCCAGUUUGAUUUCCAUUAUCGCCACUUCCGUGCUUUGUCAGACAAACCCCUUUACACAGCUGACAAACUCAGCCUGCUACGGUCUCGCAUGGCACCAACCUCGCGAAGAGUGUGCCGAGGGAUUGACUCGCUGCGAAGUGUGGCCCAACAAUAGAACGGUUUGCGCCAACCUCCAAAGCGACCCGAACCACUGCAAGUAUUGCGGGUCGACCUGCAGUGACGAUCGCCCAGGUAUGGCGCUGGAGUGCCGUGACGCCGUCUGCGUCUGCGUCUCAACCGGUACACAGAGGUGCGCCGGACACCUCUCAUGUCCCGACUUCCAGAUCAACGUCUUCAGCUGCGGCAGCUGCAACAACUGGUGCUCGGAAAACCAAGAGUGCCGCAAGGGACAGUGCCGCAAUUGCCCUCGCAGCACCAUGGGAUGCCACGACUACGACGGAAUUCGUGGCUGCAUCGACGUUCUUAGAAGCAAGGACAACUGCGGCGAUUGUGGCAGGCAGUGCCCAUCCGACAGUCUGUCAUGUAAGAACGGCAAAUGCAUUAGCCCGAAGGCUAAAUCGUAUUGCGAACGCUCCUCUUACUGCAUUGACCUCGCCAACGACCCCACCCACUGCGGCACUUGUGACAAUAAGUGUCCGCCCGGGCAGGCGUGCAAGUGCGGCCGCUGCGGUGCAUGCCCAGCCGGUCAGCUGGCGUGCCGCACAGAUGCUCAACCGGCCAUAUUCCCCUGCAUCGACGUUCUCUCAGACAACCAGAACUGUGGGACGUGUGGGCGGCAUUGCGACGCGGGCAGUCAGUGCCAAAACGGCGAUUGCACUUGUCCAGCGGGACACAUUGCUUGUGGCGAUAGAGUGGCAAGCUGCAUCGACCCCAUGACUAACCCGUCUUUCUGCGGGUCUUGCAAUGUGUCUUGUGGCGACGGCACCUGCACGCGGGGUGUGUGCACUUCAUGCGAGGUCGGCUACGUUUUCUGUGACGGCGAAUGCCGCAACGUGUCCAGCGAUGACCGCCAUUGUGGCGGGUGUCGCCAGUUUUGCGAGAACGAGGGCGAGUUCUGCAACAAUGGCACUUGCACUCGCCACACAUGCCCGGAGGGCGAGGCAUGGUGCGGAGAUAACUUGACAGGCAAGUGCGUCAACUGGCGGAGCGACCCUCUGAACUGCGGUGAAUGCAUGGUCCGCUGUGACGAGGACCAGACGUGCGUCAAUGGCAGUUGCGAGUAA